UUGGGUAAGACUAAGCCCACUGAACGGAAGCAGGAAGCACGUGGUAUGACAGGGCACGGGGCGCACGUCCUCCACACCCUCGUAUCCUCUUCCACACGCAGGGGAGAAGGAUUCGCGAAAUGCGGCUGCCGUCGCCGAGCUAUGUUUGCUGUGGUUUGCGCUGUGUUUCCUUGUAGGUUUCCUUAAGCGUUAGUACAAUUCAAAGUGGACCACAUCCACAAUAUUCAGGUCUCAGCAGAAAAUUUCAGCUAUAUUGAGUUGGGUUUAUGCAAAGGGAAAGUCCACUGACAUCCUAAAGGAAUCGUCUUGAGGCCUGCCAUGUUUCAGACAGGUCUCUUAAUUUUAACCUCAUCCCCUAGGAUCUUGACAUCAAAUGUAUCUGCCUAUUUAAAGGCUGCGAAGAACUUCGUUAACAAAACUUUAUACAUUAAGCUUGAGCCCAACCAGCACCACUUGUGGCCUGUCCAACAACCUGUUUUCACACCUUCAGAACUGUCCCAACUACGAAAGCUCAUUCCAGACAUCUAUUUUAAGGCAGCUGGAGUGUGUGCGCAUCUUGACAUCAGAGUUCUCCAAAGUUGCUUCAAGGAUCCUUCUCGUAAGGAGAAUCACUUGAAGCCAUCUUUUGACGUUGUGCUGACAGAUGGCAGCCAUGGCCGCAACGAUUUGGAGCUGUACGUUGGACACCAGUUCAACAAGAGCUGUUCGAAUUUCCACUGUCUUGAGAGCAAGUUGACUGUCAUCGAUGCCAAUGAGGACAGCUUUAAUGGCUUCAGUCACGGAAGCAAUGGGGUCCAAAACAAUUCCACCUUUCAGACUUUUGAAAGUGUCUGUCUUGGAGGUACCUUCGACCGCCUGCAUCUUGGCCACAAGGUGUUGCUCUCAGAGGCAGUGCUGCAUGCAUCGGGCAAGCUUGUCGUUGGAGUGACGGAUGGUGACAUGUUGAAAGGUAAACUGCUUUGGGAGCUGAUAGAGCCAGUGGAGACUCGUAUGCAUGCAUUGCUAGACUUUCUGCAUGACAUCGACACAACACUGCACUAUGACGUGACACCCAUCUACAACCCAUAUGGGCCAACCAUUGAAGACAACGAUUUGGAAUGUCUGUACGUGAGCGAAGAAACCAUGAAAGGAGGCAGACUGGUCAAUGAGGAGCGAGCCAGGCGGGGCAUGUCUCCAAUGGUUAUCCGAUCUGUAGGCCUAGCUGAAGAUGUUUGUCGUGGCAUCGAUGAGGAAUUUAAAGUGAGCUCGUCUUCACUGAGGCGGCGGCAGCUUGGCACAAUCCUUACUCCACCCAAGCCAAGACCUGAUCUUCCUGACCGACCAUACCUUAUUGGUGUGACCGGGGGCAUCUGCACUGGCAAAAGCCACAUCAUCAAGACACUGGAGUCCCUAGGGGCGGUAGUGAUAAACUGUGACCCGCUUGGCCAUGAGAGCUAUCGGCCGGGUACAAACGCAUAUUCCCAAAUAGUGGAGACCUUUGGUGAACAAGUGGUUAGCCCUGAUGGCACAAUCAACAGGAAACUCCUCGGCACCAUAAUUUUUGCAGAUGAGGCAAAACGACAGCAGCUAAACAAGAUUGUCUGGCCAGAAGUCUCCCGUCUCAUUGAUGAACGACUUGAAGAGCACAGACGAAAAGGUACCAAAGUGGUUGUCUUGGAGUCUGCACUUCUUUUGGAGGCUGGCUGGGAAAGCAAGUUUCACCAGGUGUGGGUGUGCGUCAUUCCUGUGGACGAAGCGCUGAAGCGAGUGAUGGCCAGGGACAACCUGGAGAAAGACCAAGCACUGCGCCGAGUCCAAGCCCAGAUGUCUAACAAGGAACGUGUGGACAAGGCUAAUGUCAUCUUCUGCUCCCUUUGGGAUUAUGCCACAACAGAACGACAGGUGGCAAAAGCAUGGAAUGAACUUCAAGCAUUCUUAGGCAAGGAGAAGACAUCAGCUCUGUAAUCACUGUUUCUGUACAGAAACAUUUCUUCGGUCUCAUCUACGGCGUUUAUGUGGGUAGUGCUGUACGCAUGCAUUCGGGUCAGCAUGGACUUUCAUUGAGGCAAUCACUGGACUAACUUUAUAAAUGGAGGAGAUUCUCUCUGUUCAUGAAGAGGUGCAUGAACCUGUGAUACUGGCACCACAACUUAGAGACGUCAGAGGCAGCUGCCCUCUAAUAAUUAUAUUUCCGAUUCCUGUACGAUUCAGGAUAUGCAAAAUAUAAGCAAUUAAAGUGUGUAUAUAUAUAUAUAUAUAUACAUUUAUUUUUUCUUAGGUAUAUGCUUAGACUCAUUUCAUAAGCAUUAUGUACAAAGAGCAAGAACAUUGGUAACAUUUUUUAGGUAGUGCUGUUGCAUGGUCAGACAAGUUGCUGCUUGGAUGCCGCAAGCAUAGAGCUAUGCUUUUUAAGGUGUUAGCGAAUUUUGCUUUUUGUGCGUUGAAUACAGGGAGCGUUGUCUGGCUCAUGUUGCCAUAUCUGUGAAAUAAGCUAGCAUGGGCCACAAGAUCAUUCUUCUUUGCACAGCACCACGCAUUCAGGAGCCAAUGUGUACCAUCUUGUACUGUGAUCAGACUUGUGAUGAGGACUGGUAGAAAUGAGACUACUGCAGGUAUCGAGACAUGUAUUUUACAGGGGGAAGUAUUUCAUGUCUGCUAUGUUUUUGCAUCACGCUUUUAUUGCUCACCUAAUUGCACACUAAUAUGGUGCAGCCAAUGCAUCUGUAAGUGGUCACACAUAACCUGCCAGGAGAUAUUCAGUGUCUCAUUUGUGACAUUCCUUGCUUGCAUUUAUGGCAAGGAUAGCCAAAAUUUUUGAGGCUUUUAAUCAAUUUUUUUUUUGCAAAGAUUAUGCGGACACAUCUCCAUUGCAGUCCAUGAUAAAAAUCUUCUAUAAGUAAGGUUAACAUCUGCAAGCAGGAAGUUUUAUGUAGUGCAAGUGUGAAUAAAAUAGCCAUUACAAUUUUGCAUGUUCUACUAAGGUACAUCUAAAAGGUGUAAAUUUUAUGUUAAUGGCAAAGUGUUUUCUGAACACCUUUCAGUAAAUGCGCAAUGUUUCAAAGAAUAACACGUGCCAGAUGAGUUAUGUGGAUAUAUAUUUCAGCAUGUACAUUGUCAAACAGGCUGUGCAAGUCACCGUUACUAUAGUUUCUCCUGCGAAUAUUCCGCUGGAGCGGCAAUUGAAUGGCGCCACAGUCCAGUAGAUAUCUUUAAAUACACCAAGGAUUCAUUAAGAAAAAUGCAAUUUGUGACCUGUUGACAAGUUUUGUCUGCCAAAUGUGUGAAAAAGAUCUGCUAAAUUUAGCCAGUAACCUGCUAAAAUGGCAACACUGUUUUGAAUAAUAUGUGCUGACAAUGUUUUUAGCAGUUGUGAAUGAGCAAACUUGGCAGCUUUAGCUAUUUCAUCAGCUCCCAAGUAUCUAAUGUAUGUUUGUGGUUCUGGGUGUACAACUAUCCUUGGCAUUUUUCUAGGAUUCUACAGAUUUAGCAUAUUACUGAAGUGCAAGGUAGCCUUGUUGGUUUUGUGCCGGAAAACCUGACCUAGCUAAUUUCUUUAAUAUGCAGAGAGCACCAGGCAAAGGCUGUGAUAUGGCACGCACAAUCACAUGUCAUUAUGCAGCAGAAGAAAAUAAUUGGAACAUGAGAAAUGUAGUGCAAGCUUAUUACAAGGUAGAGCCUGGUUGCUAAUACUGAGAAUGCGAUUCAGUGACACCUUGUUGCAAACAGACUGGAGUCAGAAUUUGUUUGGUGUUGUCCACAGGCAUUAAGUUAGCAUUGACAAGGGCAAGAAUCCAAAAAUUUGUUCUCCAAUUUAUGAUGACACCACUUAUGCUCAUGGGAUCCCUAAAAUCUAAUAAAUAAGCAAUCAAGGUGAUGUCUAUGUGUUUACAGUCCUUAACAGGUGGAAAGCCAGAGUUCAAGCUUGUGAACUUCACUGUAUUAUGAGAGCUGUUUGCUUCACUUUGGGAGACAAGUGUGAUUAGAGCAAUUUUGGCAAUGGUUACCUUAAUCUAUGCGAGCACCACAUUAUGUAUAAAAAAACUGCACACUUACCGUGUGAUUUAUGGCUUGCACUUCACACAUUCUUGUUUGGCACAAGUGUAGGCAAUUACUGUGUCAGCAAGGUGCUCGAAUUUGCAGACAUGUUUUGUGCAAUAUUUUUUUUUUUGUGGCUUCGCGCGCAUGUCAUUACUUUGGGAAAAUAGGUGAAUUAUAACCUGAAAUAAAGACAUCUUUUGGGCAUGGAA